AUGUCUUCUUCUGCCAUUUUCAUACUCGAUCUCAAAGGAAAGACCAUCAUUUCCCGUAACUAUCGCGGAGAUGUGGAUAUGGGCGUUAUCGAUCGCUUUCUCCCUCUCCUUAUGGACCGGGAAGAAGAGGGCUUAGCCUGCCCAGUGAUCUCGAACCAGGAUGCUACCUUUGUGUACAUCAAACACAAUAACAUUUAUCUAGUCUCCACUUGUCGAUCUAAUGUGAAUGUGGCGCUGGUGCUUUCUUUCCUCUUCAAAUGUGUCGAAGUUUUUUCUGAAUACUUCAAGGAUGUUGAAGAAGAGUCUGUCCGAGACAAUUUUGUAGUCAUAUAUGAACUUCUUGACGAAAUGAUGGAUUUCGGAUUUCCACAAACAACGGAAAGUCGAAUAUUGCAAGAAUUUAUUACGCAAGAAGGUCACAAACUUGAGACUGCUCCUCGACCGCCCAUGGCUGUGACAAAUGCUGUUUCGUGGCGAUCGGAGGGUAUUAAGUAUAGAAAAAACGAAGUCUUUCUCGAUGUAAUAGAGAGUGUUAAUAUGCUCGCUAAUGCGAAUGGCACUGUUCUGCAAAGUGAAAUCGUAGGCUGCGUCAAGAUGCGUGUGUAUCUAACUGGCAUGCCUGAAUUGCGAUUAGGUCUCAACGACAAAGUGUUGUUCGAAGGAAGUGGACGUGGCAAGAGCAAAUCUGUUGAGUUGGAAGAUGUCAAAUUCCAUCAGUGUGUUCGUCUCUCACGUUUUGACAAUGACCGCACGAUAUCGUUCAUUCCUCCGGAUGGAGCAUUCGAGCUAAUGAGCUAUCGUCUUACAACAGUUGUGAAGCCGCUCAUUUGGAUUGAAACCAACGUAGAGAGGCAUUCACACUCUCGCGUGGAGUUUAUGGUUAAGGCAAAAUCUCAAUUCAAGCGCAGAUCUACGGCAAACAACGUAGAAAUAAUCAUCCCAGUCCCAUCAGAUGCUGAUUCGCCCAAGUUCAAGACCAGCAUUGGAUCAGUACGCUAUGCUCCAGAGCAGAGCGCUUUUGUGUGGACGAUAAAGAGUUUCCCAGGUGGCAAAGAGUACUUACUUAGUGCACACUUCUCACUACCUUCUGUUGUGGGUGAAGAAGUGGAAGGAAGACCCCCAAUCAAAGUCAAAUUUGAGAUCCCGUAUUUCACCACCUCUGGAAUACAGGUCCGCUACUUGAAGAUCAUCGAGAAGAGCGGCUAUCAAGCCCUCCCAUGGGUACGCUAUAUCACUCAAAAUGGCGAAUAUCAAAUGCGCAUGAAGUAG